AUGGCAAAUUAUAAAAUAAAAGAAGUUUUCCCAAAUAGUAUGGUAAAUAAAAGAAAGGUUAUUGCUUUUGUGAUCAAAGAUGUUUUUAGUAGUGAGGAGUGUGACGAAUGGAUAAAUAUAACAGAGGAAAAGGGAUAUGAAAAAGCAUUGUUAAAUAUAGGUGGUGGGGAACAAAUCUUAGCACCAGAGGUUAGAAAUAAUGAUAGAUGUAUAAUAGAUAGUGAAGAAAUGGCCGAUAAAAUAUAUCAAAGAGUCAAACAUUUAUUACCAAACGAAAUGAAUUAUCAUGAAAAAGUUAGUUUAAAUGAAAGAUUAAGAUUUUUAAGAUAUUAUCCAGGACAAGAAUUUAAAUUACACAGUGAUGGACAAUAUUGUAGAGAAAGUGGUCCCAAAAAAGGUGAAUGCUCAUUUAUUACAAUUCAACUAUAUUUAAAUAAAGUGGAAAAAGGAGGUGAAACUUCAUUUUUAACUAGUAAAUAUUUAAUAGAAAAAGAGAAAUAUAUUCAUGUUAAACCAAAAAAAGGAUCAGUUUUAAUUUUUCAACAUGACCUCUCUCACAAAGGAAGUGCUGUUGAAAAAGGUAUAAAAUAUUGUGUAAGAAGUGAUAUUAUGUAUAAACCAAUACCAAAUACCAAAUCAAAUUAA